AUGAACAAACGUUCGGAUCCGAAGAAAUCGAACCAAACAAACAUGCCUUUUGUACAGUCUGUUGCACCACGAGCGCCGCGAUCACCGCCACUGCGACCACCGGUUUUGCGAUCACCGACACCGGAACCACGACCACUGACACUGGAACCACGACCGCCGACCUUGGGACCGCGACCACUGACACCACCACUUUCCAUUGCUCGUCCAAAUAUGGAUAUGUUUGUCGAUGGAAUCCGUAACUCUCCAUUGUAUGGACAUAUACCAGUUUUGACCGAUGAACAGCGUUUCCGAUGCCGUCGCCAGGCUCCUACACAUACAGCAAACCAUACAUGGACUCAGUCUAAGAUUGACCCGCGCUCGUUGCUUGUCAAUGUCAACAACAUCCAAUCUGAGCAGAAAAUUGUCAAUAUCACUUAUACGGAUCCAACCGGUGGAAGUAUGAUAGUAACACGUCGCCGUGAAGAUGGUUAUCUCGACGUCCGUGCGGUCUACUCUCGUAACUUCAUUGUUGCUGCAUCGGCUAGUCCACUUGCGCUAUUACCACCUCCUAACUUCCGCCAAAUGGUCCUCGAAAUGAUGGAAAUUAUUGCAAAAUUUCCCAAAAGUUAUUACAAUACGAUUUCCGGGGAUUCGGCACUCACCAGUUCAAAAUAA